AUGCCACCGAAGUUCAACCCCAACGAGAUCAAAGUUGUAUACCUGAGGUGCACUGGAGGUCAAGCCGGUGCCACUUCUGCCCUGGCCCCCAAGAUCGGCCCCCUGGGUCUGUCUCCAAAACACGUUGGUGAUGACAUUGCCAAGGCAACGGGUGACUGGAAGGGCCUGAGGAUUACAGUGAAACUAACCAUUCAGAACAGACAAGCCCAGAUUGAGGUGGUGCCUUCUGCCUCUGCCCUGAUCAUCAAAGCCCUCAAGGAACCAUCAAGAGACAGAAAGAAACAGAAAAACAUUAAACACAGUGGGAAUAUCACUUUUGAUGAGAUCAUCAACAUUGCUCGACAGAUGCGGCACUGA